AGAGAGAGAGAGACUCUCUCCGCUGCAGUGUAAACAGCCCGCUCUCCUGCCAUGGUACUGCCCACCGGAGCACGCGACGAGAGUCGGGGCUUCACGGACUGAGCAGCUCGAGCGAGGGAGCGGCGCGUUUGAGGCCGGGAGGAGGAGAAGAAGAAGAAGGAAUGGAGAGGAGCGAUCAGACGGAUAAGAGCGCCUCUGAGCGGGAGGAGAUGAAGAUGAUGAUGAUGAAGGAUCUGCCCCACUUCAGCAGCUAAGAGCCUUCCUCUGCUCUGCACGCGGCCAUGGAGAAGACGCUGCACGCGGGCCUGGAGAAGGCGAGCUGGGCGCGCAGGACGGCCCGGUCGGUCCAGAGCUCUGCGCCGGGCUCGGGUUCUGGAUCUGGAUCUGGAUCUGGAUCUGGAUCUGGUUCUGGUUCUCCGGGUCAGGGCUCGAUGGGGAGGCGCAGUAAAGCCCAGCUGGAGGGAGUGCUGAGCAAAUACACCAACCUCCUGCAGGGCUGGCAGAACAGGUAUUUUGUCCUGGACCCGGAGCUCAGUCAGCUGCAGUAUUUUGUGAAUGAGCAAGGGCGGAGCCAGAAGCCUCGCGGGACCCUCCCUCUGAUUGGUGCAUCGGUUACCCCAAGCGACGAAGCUCCUCACAUGUUCAUCGUCAGCUCAGCCAAUGGGGAGCUUUUUAAACUCAGAGGUGAUUUUCUCUCUUAGUUCUUUAAUAGAAAU